CUGCGUUGUGGCCGCCGUCAUGGCGCUGGUGUCGGCGGACUCGCGCAUCGCCGAGCUGCUGGCCGAGCUGCAGCGGCUGCUGGGGCACACGCAGGAGGAGCGCUCCCGCAGCGAGCACAACCUGAUCAACAUCCAGAAAACGCACGAGAGGAUGCAGACCGAGAACAAGAUCUCGCCGUACUACCGCACCAAGCUGCGCGGGCUGUACACCACCGCCAAGGCAGACGCUGAGGCUGAGUGCAACAUCCUUCGCAAGGCGCUGGACAAGAUUGCCGAGAUCAAGUCCCUGCUGGAGGAGCGCCGCAUCGCCGCCAAGAUUGCAGGGAUCUACAGCGACGCAGAGCCGCCGCGCAAGACGAUGCGCCGGGGCGUGCUGAUGACACUGCUGCAGCAGUCAGCCAUGACGCUGCCGCUCUGGAUUGGCAAGCCAGGCGACAAGCCGCCCCCGCUGUGCGGUGCCAUGCCGGCAGCCGGGGACUACGUGGCCAAGCCUGGGGACAAAGUGGCGGCACGCGUCAAGGCGGUGGAUGGCGACGAGCAGUGGAUCCUGGCUGAGGUGGUCAGCUACAGCCACGCUGCCAACAAGUAUGAGGUGGACGACAUCGAUGAGGAGGGCAAAGAGAGGCACACGCUCAGCCGGCGCCGCGUGAUCCCUCUGCCGCAGUGGAAGGCAAACCCUGAGACCGACCCUGAAGCGCUGUUCCAGCGUGAGCAGCUGGUGCUGGCGCUGUACCCGCAGACCACCUGCUUCUACCGUGCCCUCAUCCAUGCACCGCCGCAGCGGCCACAGGACGACUACUCAGUGUUGUUCGAGGACACGUCGUAUGCUGAUGGUUACUCGCCGCCACUGAACGUGGCGCAGCGCUACGUUGUCGCCUGCAAGGAGACCAAGAAGAAGUGACCCUCACAGUUUGGGGUACUUUGGGGAUUUUGGGCCAUUCUGGGGAUUUUUGGCGGUCUGUGGGUCUGUGAGGGUUAUGUCGAGUUCAGAUGCUAUAGGUUGUGCUGUUUUUGGUGUGAAUUUGGGGCGUUUUGGGUAUUUUCUGUCAUGGGUGAGGGGUUGUAUGGACCCCAUAGUGGCACUACGAGGGCCCUAAAAUCACAACAUUCCAUCCCAAAACACACCCCGUAGUGCUGUAAAGGACCCAGAACUCACCCCGUUGUGCCCCACAGCAAUCCACAGGGAACCCAAACUCACUGCAUAGGCCCCAAAGUGUCCACCAUGAACCCAAACUCACCCUAAUGGGCCCCAGAGUGAACCAUAGGGAUCCCAGGGACCCUGGACCCAGCCCAUAGGGCCUCAGAGUGAGCUUCAGACCCCUAAAGUGUCCAUCAGGGACCCCAGACCCACCACUAAGGACCACAGAGUGACCCACAGGACCCCAGACACACUCUACGUGAGUCCAUAGCAUCCCUCAAGGAUCCCACUUGGCCUGCAGGACCUGGAAAUGUUCACUGGAAGAUUGCAAUGUCCCUCUAGUUGACCCCAAAACACCACGGGGAACCACGAAGAGCUCAAAGCAACUGACCCUGUGGGCCCCAAAGUGACCUUAACGACCUCAAAUCCAUCCAAACGGCCCCCAUCUGUCCCCAGGACCCCAUUCCUUUCCAGGAUACAAAAGAAUGAUGCUGGGAGCGGUUCCACCUGUUGCUUUAUUGUGAAUAAAUUAAGUUAGAAAGCC